AUGAAGACGUCGAUAGUCAUCUACUUGAUUCUUUUCCUGUUCAUUGGCUGGUUGAAUGCAAGUCAUGUUUAUCAUAAUACGCGACACAAACGAACAUUAAAUACGAUUUUAUCACGAAUUGCUUCCAUUGGUGCAAAUGAUGAUGAUAUAACCAAAUUAUUCAAUACCGAAUAUCAAUUUCCAACCGGAUACAAUGGUGGUACAGAUAUUUUAUCACAAUAUCGUCUUAUUACCAAAAACUUUCUCAAUUCUCAAAAGAUCAGAUGA